AUGAGAGGACUCGUGUUGGCCACCGUUUUAUGUUUGGCCAACAAUGUUGGCGUGUUGGACGGAUAUGUCGUAGGGGCUGGUUUGAACGUGCGUUUUGGUCAAAUGCUGUACACAGACAGUAAGUACCAAGUUCUUCGUGAGGAGAUGGUGAAAGCCAACACAAGGAACCUGGUGUACCACUGCAGAGCUGACAAGAGCGACUGCGAUGCCGCACUAGCAAAAAUGAGGUACAAAGCUAGCAAACAUUUCUACGCACUAUCGAAGGCUGUUGUUGACUACGUGAAGAACAAACGUCAGGCCAGACCCACCGGAUACGUCGGAACUGCAACGUUCUGCCAAGACAAUAUUUGUGUUCCUGACACCGACCCACCCAUCGUGUUCGGAGGCUGCUUCACACUGGUCUCCUGUGGAGGCAACCAGACUUGGCACUUGGACCCCAUCGUGUACAAAAAGAAAAAGGGACGAUUUAUACUUACAAAAGUGAGGCCUGUCGGUGCCCACGUCGGGAAAAGCUUCGUCCCACUCACGGAGAUUCCCCCGCCCCAUGUACCCCAUUCAGACCACGAACAAGACGAACAUUCAGAAAAGUCUGGCAGAAGACAUUUAGAUGAAAACUGUAAUAAGAAGCCAGGAGGCAAGGAUGUAAACGAGGGCCCCAAUGUCGACAUUUUCCCAGAAUAUUAUGACGAUAAAGUCGCCAAGACUGUCGCCACCGUCAUAUUUCCAGAUCACAUUGACCCGAUAGGCUACCACCCUAGUACGAUGAAAAGUGAACAUCCCAGCGAGUGUGAGAAAAUAUACCAGGAUCAUCUUGAUGAGCAAUAUUCUGAAGAAUCCAAGGACUAUUCCGAGGAAUCUCUGGAAAUGGCCCGACUUCCCCUCUUCCCCACCAAUGAUGGGUCAGGAGAAGACAAAGUAGAUAAAUUGUACAGCGACCUAGAUAUUUAG